AUGUCGGACGAAAAGACCAUCGCCGAGGCAAGCGCGAAGAGCAGCAGCGAGAACGCCGUUCACGAAUUGGCGCCGCCGCUGAAUUAUGUCUACAAGCUCGACUUGCGUCUCAUCCCCAUCCUGGGGGCUACCUAUACGAUUCUGUUCCUGGAUCGCACCAACAGCAUGUCUAUCACUUUGCUCAUUGUGGCAUUACGCGCUAACAGCCUCAACAUGCCGUCCAACGGCUACAACACCUGUCUCUGGAUCUUCUUCAUUCCGUUCGUCUUGAUUGAAAUCCCCAGCAACAUGAUCAUGGGGCUGCCGCGCGUCAAGCCGAAUGUCUUCCUCGGCUUGAACAUGCUCGUUCUUGGCGUCAUUGCGACGUGCCAGGGACUGACGCACACGUACGGUGGGCUUCUUGCGCUCCGGUUCCUGAUGGGUAUCUUUGAAGCAACGCUUCCGGCUGGUGCGGCGUACCUCAUUGGAGAGUACUAUACUCGCCGAGAAUCUGCGCUUCGCUUUGCCAUGUUCUUCACGUUCGGUAUCCUCGGUCCAUGCAUCAGCGGUCUCCUUGCGUUCGCCAUCCGCAACAUGGACGGCAUCAAUGGCAAAGAAGGAUGGAGAUGGAUCUUCAUUCUCGAGGGCCUCGUAACCAUUGCCAUAUCCUCCCUGGUCUUCCUCAUCGUUCCCAACUUCCCUGAAAAGAGCCACUUCCUCUCCCCGGCCGAGAAAACGCAUCUCCUCGACAAGCUACGCCGCGACAAAGGCGACCAAAAGCUCUCCCUCAAGCACGUAAACUGGAUUAAAGUCCUCUCGGACUACCGGAUCUGGUUUCCCACCCUGAUGUUCUUCUGCUGCGAUAUGACCGCCGCUUCCAUGUCCUCCUUCAUCCCCACCAUCCUCACCGAGCUCGGCUGGAAAGCCGCAAAAGCCCAAGUAAUGUCCAUCCCCAUCUGGGCCACUGGAAUCGUCUCGCAGCUCUUCGCCUGCUGGGUGUCCGGCCGCAUCGGCUGGCGCUUCCCAUUCGUGCUACUCGGCAUCACCUUCGCCACGAUCGGCUGGAUCAUUCAGAACGUGUACUGCAACGAACGCGGUCUCGCGCCGGGCGUGCGCUACUUCUCGCUGUUCAGCAUGAGCAUGGGCACAUUCAUCCAGAUGGCGAUGCUGACGAGCUGGAUGACGAAUAACUUGAGGGGCCGUGCGAGUAUUGGCGUCGGUACCGCUAUCAUCCUCGGUCUGGGGAACUGCGCGAACUUCGUUGCUUCGAACGUUUUCAUCAAGACGGAGGCGCCGUUCUACCCAACCGGAUUCAGGACUGGGCUCGGACUCACCAUUGUGGGCGCGGGAAUCUGUCUGGUCUACGUCGCGUUACUGUGGUGGCACAACAAGAAGCUUGACCGGAAGAGGAAGCAGGUCGGGGGCGAGGAUGAUCAGGUCGAGUAUAGGUACCAGUACUAG